CGCCCAUACCCGAUGUAUUGUGGGUAACCACUGUACCUGUCUGGAAAAACCCACUUUCAUUAUUGUAUAUCAGAAGCUAAUGUGAAAAAUGCAUUUUCUAGCGUAAUUCUUGUUUAAGGGUUGUUUAAAAUAUAAGAUUGACAUUCAACAAUGGGAUAAUGUUACCUCUGUAAAACAAAAUAAGCAAUGGCUUCAUAUAGCACAAAACGUUUAGAAAAAAAAUAUAAUAACUUUGUUAAAGCUCAGUUAGCAGUGUUGAUAACUCGGGACGGACUUGCACCUUUUGUAUGUCAUGAAAUUCAAGAAUUUCAGUUGAAAUGUUUAGAUGAUAUAUGUUACAUCAAUGGACUAUUUAGUGGGACAGUGUGUUCAGAUUGCUGUACGGAAAAUGUUAUUAGAUGUCCAACAGAUAGAAUAUGCAAAGUUAGACAUGGAAAAUGCAUUUAUCAUAGAAAUGCUGCAACAAGGUAUAAUCCUGUCGGCUGUCCUAACAAGAUAUGUCAUAAUUUCACAACUGAGAUACAGAAUGCGCAUAGGUACUAUGGUCCAUCAUACAAAAAUACUGAUGCUACACAGUGGUGCAGUAAUUCCUGGGAGAUAGCUAAAUGUUUCAUGCCCCCUGAUGGAUAUAAAGAUGUAGCUAGUGCACAAGAAAUAGGCUUCAAUGGCAUCAUUAGUGUCAUCAUUUAUUACAAAAACUUUCAGAUGAAAAUACACGAAAAUCUAGGCAACAAGAACAACAUUUUUGAACAGGCAAGAGAAAUCGCUAGGAAAUUGAGACGCUCACCAAGUUUAGAGGUAGAGGAUGAAGACCUACAUCACUGCUUCACAGUAUUUCAACAACUUCUUUCUGAUGCCGGAUAUUUAGCUACAGACGUGCAUGCACAAAAUGCCAAACAGAAGCUGAUAGAUGUAAAUUACCAAAGUUUUUCAGUUAACAAAACAAGUAGUUUAAAAUACUGUAUAAGUGGUUUAUUUUAGGAUGUUGAAAUAUUUGCGAUUUUUGCGAAUUGUAAUUGAUCGCAAAUAUUUAAUAGCGCAACAAUUAUUUAUUAAUAGGCAAACUUCCUUCUGUCAUUUGAAAACACGUUUUCAUACACUACAGCAUAUUACAUGAAUAAGUUCAGGCACUGAGAUUAAUUCUUCUCAUAGCUUGUUUGUCUAAGUUUGUUUUAAACAAAUCACAAAUCAUUAAAUGAAACAAUAUAUG